AUGGAGGAAAUUGUCACCACUAAGGACAUUAGUGAGUAUGGGAUACAUAUGGAUAAGAACCUCGAUCCCAAGGCUCAUGAUACUAGGACACACCUUGAUUCCCAGACUUGCUUAAAAAGCAACUUGUCAACAACUACCACCUUUGUAUUCUCAACAUUGGCUCGUAAGCUCAAAAGCAUCGCAAUACCAAGAUCGAUCCCACCUUGCGUUACUUCAUCUAAGGUAAGGAAAAGGGGAAACUGUCGGAAGCGUCUCUUCUUUUUCAAGCGUUCCCUUUUCUUCCUCUGUCAUCUAAACCUAAACAAAAUUAUACACAAUCUGCACUUAUCUCAAAUUCUAAACCUUAACAGCAAAAUUGUUGGGAAAAUAUUCAACUUGGCCUCAAUUAUUGAAUCAGUUUUGGUGGGCAAUUUCGCUGCCAAUUUGGUCGAGUGUAGUGAAGCAAUCAUUGACGGUGGAACAAGAAUGGAUAAUGAUGGUAGAGUUUUGAGGUUUCAGUUAAGGGGGAAGGACUGUGACAUCAAGGUUGAUGAGGACAAGUGUAACUUACUAGAUUUAGUUAUGGAGUUUGAAGAUAUAUCUGGGAUUAAUGGAGGACUUAUUGCAGAUUUGCAUUACCCUACAUUUGCGUAUUUGUGGAAGAUGCAACAGUGGAAGCUGCUAACAGAUGUUGAUUUAAUGACCAUGUUCCAAAGGUUGCGUGGUGCCAGACUUAUUUAUAUAUGGGUUGGCACAGUUUUAGAACCUACUCCAUUGAACUUGAUGGAGUUACUCGGGGAGGUCCAUCAGUCACAGGAGUACAAUGAGGAUAGAAGAACUUAUAAAACAACCAUUUUAGCUACACUAAGAAAAUCCCCUGUUGUUGUGAGUGAAAUGGACCAGACAACCAAAGGCAUAUAUCCACCAUCCCCCAAAUCACCUAACACUGUAUUCCAGACUUUACAACGAAGGACGAGCCCUAGGUUUUCCCCUCAAGUCGGUCAUAACAUUAACACUGCACCUGAGGUACAAGACACUAACCCAGCAGUGUUUGCUAGAAAAAUGCCUAGGACCACAGCAAUUAAGAAAGGUUUUUGGACUGGAGAGGUUAGGAAAUCUGUUAGAAACCCGACUAAUCCAACUGUGUCUGCAAGUGGAGCAACUAGGGGUGAAUCUAGGAGAAGUGGUGCUAAAGUUAGGAGAAAAGUUACUUUUGAGGAUGAAGAUGAUUCUGAUGGUGAUAUUAUACCAGAUGGCGACAUCCCUGCUGAUGAGUUGGAGGAUAUUGUUAGGGUAAGCAAAAUAAAAGACAACUGGAAGCCUAGUACGUGGUUUGGGUUUAUUGAUGAAGAUGAUGACGAUUAUUAUUUUCAGAAGUUGUACAUAAAUGGUGAGAUGUACGAAGAUAAAGAAUUUGGAAGGAUAGAACUUAGGCCGUGGAUGAUAUUCACUGACAAGGACCAUUUCAAGGACACUUUGAAGGAUUAUUGUAUCCAAGAAAAAUUUUCCAUCAACGUGUUGUAUGCAGAUAAGAAGAUAUAUACAGUCACUUGUUCUCAGGAGAAAUGUGACUGGAGAUUACAUGCUAGUAGGUUACCAGAUGGCAGAACGUGGGCUAUUAAGAAAAUUAUGCCUAAUGAGCAUACUUGUAGAGGAUUAGAGACUCAUAAUCCUGUUUGUAGUGUGAAGUGGGCUGCCUCCAAAGUAAUGGAAGACAUUAGGGCAAACCCUGACAUCCCUGGACUGUCAUUGUAUGAAUUACUCUUCAAGAGGUUUGGUUUGUUUAUGAAGCAAACCACUUUAUACAGAAUGAAGAGGUAUGUGAUUGAGAUUUUAUUUGGAGGCCAUGAUAAGUCUUAUGGACAUUUACCUGCCUAUGCUGAGAUUAUAAGAGACACCAACCCAUAAUCAAAGGCAUGGUGCACAAUUGUGGAGUCUGAAAGUUUACCAAAGGAGCUUUUGUUCAGCAAUAUAUUCAUUUCAUUCAGUGCUCAGUGGAGGGUUUCCUUGGUGGUUGCAGACCUUUGAUAGGUGUGGAUGGGUGCCAUUUAAAAGGAAAUUAUGGUGGUAUUUUGUUGUCCGCGAUCGCCUUAGACAACAACAAUGAAAUAUUCCCUUUGGCGUUUGCAAUUGUGAGUGUUGAAGACAAAGAGACAUGGAGUUUUUUCUUUUGGCGAUUGUACAACAUAUUGAAGGACUCAAACAGAUCAGAUUGGACAAUUAUAUCAGAUAGGCAGAAGGGAGUUGAUCUUGCUUUGAAGGAUGUGUGGCCGGCUGCAAAGAGAAGAUAUUGUUGUAGGCAUUUAAGUAGGAACUACAAAAGAGAAUUUCCUGGGCCUGCAAUGUACAUAAUGUUUUGGAGAGUUUGCAAUGCUACUUCUGCAUACAGCUUCAGAAAAGCAAUGGAGAGGUUGCAAAAGGUGGGGGGUAAACCCGUGAUGACUUGGUUUGCAAAGUUAGGCAAGCAGGAGAAGUGGAGCAAACACAAAUUUGACCCAAAUGUGUGUUGUGAUUCAAAUACUUCAAACUUUGUUGAAAGUUUCAAUUCCACUCUUGGAGUAGAUAGAUGCAGGCCAGUUUUGACAUUGCUUGAAGGAAUUAGAAGGGUAUGUAUGGUUAGAAUAUCAACCAGGCAUCAGAAUUCAAUGGGUUGGGAUAAUGAUGGAAUUUGUCCUAAAAUUGUGAAGAUGCUUAAACAAAUAGGCAAGGAAUCCAGUAGUUGCAGGGCAUACAUGUCUAGGCCAGGGGAGUAUGAGAUACAUGAGGGUAAAUCUCAGUUCCCUUUAAGUUUGAAUGAUAAGAUUUGUUCUUGUGGAGCAUGGCAAAUUUCUGGUGUACCAUGUAGACAUGCCAUAAGGGCAAUGGUUGAUGCAAAGUUGGAUCUACACAAAUUUGUUAGCUCGUGGUUUUCUGUAAAAACCUACAAGAAAAUCUACAACUUUAACAUCAUUCCAUUGCCUGACAGAGAUCAAUGGCUGAUGUAUGAGAACUUACCAACAAUCAAGCCACCUAGAAUGAAAAGGGGAGUUGGAAGGCCUUGCAGAAAUAGAAGGAGAGAAGAAGGAGAAGAGCAGCCCGGGAAAAGAUCAAAGACUGUAAAAUGUCACAAGUGUGGCUGUUUUGGGCACAAUUCUAGGACUUGUAAGGGAGGUCUGACCGGAAAGGAGCUGAGAGAGACAGAUGAGCCAAUUGUGAUAAAAAAACCCUAGAGUUAGAGAUCAAUCAAAUGCAGCUAAAGCAGCUGAAAAGGCGGCAAAGGCUGCUGAAAAGGCGGCAAAAGCGGCAAAAGUCGCUGAAGUUGCAGCAGCAGUAGCCAGAGCAGCAGACAUCGCAGCUAGAACAAAUGGGUCCAGAAGGGGGAAGGCACCAGCAAGAGAAUCACAACAAGCAAACUCUCAGAUGAGUACUCAACCGACAUAAUCCCAACCACAAAUCUAAUUUUAUGGUUAAAUGAGACAAUAUUUUAAGGCAUAAUACACAUUUAUGCUGGAAUUUUUUGGUGAAUAUUAUCAAGUAGACCCCCGUUGCUUUUUAUGUGCUUUGUCCCUGUAAUACGUUUCUUAUUGAAAGUCAUAUUGGAUUUUGA